AUGGCUGCAUCUCAUGCUUCAUCCUUUCUUAUUUCGCUUCUUAUUAGUUUAGUACUAAUUGCAUCAAUGCAAUUAUUUCGUGCACAGUUAGCAUCGAGUCAAGCACUGACGAUCGUUGGAGGUUUUUUUGGUUCAUUAGUUUUCAUUUCACUAUUAACGGCUAUAAGCAAUUUCGAAAUGAAUACGUUCGGGCCAAAUUAUCAAGCGCGAAUCUUUCCUGAAGUGAUCUCAUGUUUAUUCAUUUCAAUGAUCUGCAGCGGCUUUGUACAUCGAGUUUGUGUAACAACUUGUCCCUUGAGAUGUUAUUUUUUCAAUGAUCGCACUUUAUUAUAUCAAUCGCAUUUCAAGCAACACUUACGGAAGUGCAACUACACCGGCAACAGAUAUCAAAGUCUACUCAAUUCGGAACGGACACGUGACCAACAAGAUGAUCCGACCCGGUCGACGCACAAACUAUAUCGAUAUCAUCAUGAUCCAGUAGCAUCGACAAACAAUUUUCGUCGUGACAUUCCACCUAUUUUGAUUUUAUUGUUUUUCCUGUUUUUGAUUAUCAUCAUUUUAUCCCAAAUCCUUGUUGUUCAUUCGUCGCGUUAUGGAACGAAUUUUUCCGCCAUGCAAAAGAUUCAAGAAGAAUUAAAACAAAUGGACGAAAGUAUGGAGCAAAUACUCAGUGCCAAUGUCUUACCGAUCGAUAAAUGGCGUUUGCUCUUUCACAUCCAGACGUACCUUUAUCGGUUUGAAUCUUUGUUCAAUUUAUUCAACAAUCAAUCGAAUCAUACUUCCCAAAACGAAAGACAAAGCCCACAGAUGAUCAAACACGUUCAAGAUCGACUGAAACAUCUGACCGAUCCCAAAGAUACAACAUUAUUGCAUAAAAGGAGAAAGUUUUGUCCGGAACAACCUCGCCAACUCAAAGGUCGUAUUUUGGACGACAACUCAACAUUUUCAAAUAUUUCAUUAUAUGAAUUGGAAAUGAACUAUACCAAUGUCAGAUCAGGUGGUCAUUGGUCACCCGCUCAUUGUCGAGCACGUCAUAGGGUAAUGCAACACCUUUAUACCCAUCGCUUUUCUUAUUUUUAUCUCUUUCACCUCCUAAGGAUCGUUCACGUAGCAAUUAUAAUUCCGUAUCGAGAUCGAUUUGAGCACUUAGUGACACUACUCUAUUAUUUACAUCCACUCUUACAACGACAAGAACUUGAUUAUAAGAUCUACGUUUCCGAACAGACUGGAAAUGGAACAUAUAACAAAGCUGUACUAAUGAACGCAGCUUUUAUUCAUGCAUCUAGUGAAUAUGAUUUUCAAUGUUUUGUCUUUCAUGAUGUGGAUUUAAUACCAGAAGAUGAUCGGAAUAUGUAUUCCUGUCCUAUCUUUCCUCGGCAUAUGUCAGUUGCUGUCAAUGAAAUGAAUUAUAAACUAACUUACGAAGAACUCAUUGGCGGAGUAUUUAAUAUACGUAUGGAACAUUUUCUCGCUGUUAAUGGUUACAGUAAUUUGUAUUGGGGUUGGGGAGCUGAAGACGAUGACUUAUUCUAUCGUUUGAAAGAAAUUUCUUUGAAAAUUAUUCGUCCACCUUCAUCGAUUGCCAGAUACCGAAUGCUUCAACACACAAAACGAACACCAUCCAUAUGGAAUAAACGAGCAAAACUACUAUACUCAGCUGCUAAGCGAUACACAUGGGAUGGUGUUUCAUCUGCGCGAUAUAAUCUAACUUCUGUCAUCUCCUAUCCAUUGUUUACACAUAUACUCAUCGAUGUUGGUACACCGCCACCUGGUUUUAGUUAA